AUGACUCCUUUCGGUGCGAAAACCCUUAACGAAGGUUCUUCGCUCGUCCGCACAACUGCAUUUCGAAGCGAAGGUGACGAUUUCCAUGAAGAAAUGCGUGGAGAGUUUUCAAGCGAGAACACAGGAGAGCACACUUACAUGUGGGAUUUCUGCUUCUAUCUUUUUGAGCCACUGCUCCACCAUCCAGAUGCCAUCACGUUGACGUUCAACCGAGUUGAGAAGGAGUAA